AUGGAUUUACCAAACUCCUCGCCUCGAGCGGCCAAUCCUCUUUCCCCCUCGGCGUUUUUAAGAGGACAAAAACUGAGUCUUCCCUCCACGACCGACCCUCCAGGCCCUCAGAACCCGCCCAAGCCGCUGGUAUGGCUGAUAUUCGGGGCUACAGGCCACAUGGGCCGAUCGCUCGUCAAGACCGCCUUGUCCCACAACGAUCUUGUUGCCGCCGUCGGUCGCACGUUUGAGAACAGCUAUGAGUCGAUGAAGGAACUGGAGAGCGAGCACGAUAAUUGCAUCGGCCUGUUGUGUGAUGUACGGGUGCGUGAGACGGUCAAGGCAGCCAUCGACCUGACGAUUCAGCGGUUCGGUCGCAUCGACAUCAUCGCCAACUGCGCCGGAUACGGGGUCAUCGGGGCUUGUGAGGACCAGGACGAGUAUGACAUCCGCAACCAGUUCGAGACGAAUUUCAUGGGCACCCUGAACAUGAUCCAGCUGUCGCUGCCGCACUAUCGGGCGCGGGGCACCGGUAGGUAUCUGAUCUUCAGCUCUACGUCGGGCGCGCUGGGCGUGCCCGGAUUGGGACCCUACUGCGCGUCCAAAUACGCCGUGGAGGGUCUGAUGGAGAGCAUGCUUUACGAAGUGGACAGCUUCAACAUCAAGGGGACCCUUGUCGAGCCGGGCCACAUGCGUCGCGACGACAUCGGGGACCUGGUGUCCCCCUCCGCGACGAUCCCGAGCGCGCACAACCUCUCGUCGCCGUUGCCUCUGUACGGCCAUUUCCUCGUCAAGCCGCCCAGCGAGCCGUACAAUACGCCAACCUCGCCGGCAGCACAUGCGCGCCGGAUGCUGAUGUGGCUCGGCGACAAGCAGCCGGCCAGCGCGGUCAAGGCGGCAGAACUUGUCUGGCAGCUCGGCCAUUGCUCCUAUCCGCCUCUCCGGCUCAUUCUGGGAACCUACGCGGUGGAAAGUGUCCGGGAUCGACUGAAGUGUAUCAUCGAGGAGAUUGAGGACUGGAAGCAUCUUAGCUUUCCCUCAACGGAUCAGCAACCUCCUUUGAAUACCGGGAAGGAAAAACCAGCUCAAAAGAGCGAUGGCGAGAAUACAGCCACCAACGUGUGA